ACUUUGUAUUUGUUUUAUUUUCCCAAUUGAUUUAGUAUAAUAAAUCACCACACACUUUCAACUUUUAAACUAUUGCUUAUACUAUGAAGUUCUUGAUCUUCUCUGAAGUAGGGGCGUCUCAUCCUCUGCCAGUAGAGUAUGGUAGUUAGGGGAAAUACAGGGUAAGUUGCACACACAGACACUUAUGCUUGUAUUCUGUCCUUUAGGUCAUCACUGUGACAUGUCCAAAUCCUAAAGCCUAAACUAUUAUAUUCGUUUCUUGAAGGCAGAUUAGGCUUGAGACUAGUAGGCCUAGGGGUUAGGGACUCCGAUCCUUUGAUCUCCAGCCUUUCAGGGAAGUUAUUUCAGGUCCUGUUCGCUACAUUUGUGUCUGUGUCCGUGUUUGUGAUCAAAAUCCUGGAGAGGUUUGAGCAAAAAAAAGACAGUAGAUUUAUGAAACCAGUGAAAGUGGAAGUUAAGAUUGUCAACUUGCCAAAACAAAAGGGAAGCUAUUACUUGAAAAACAUUUAGUCUUGGAAAAUGGCCUCCAAGCUAGAAGAGGAUCUCUGCUGUCCUGUCUGCUGUGACGUCUUCAAGGAUCCUGUCAUCCUGACCUGUGCUCACAGCUUCUGUAAAGCCUGUCUGCAGCAGUUCUGGGGAACCAAAGAAUCCAGAGAAUGUCCAGUCUGCAGGAGGACGUUAUCAAAGAAUAUCCCUCUUCCAAAUCUGGCUUUAAGGAACCUGUGUGAGACCUUCGUACAGGAGAGAGAUUAUACACAAAUGUUCUGCAAAGGGCACAAGCGGAAAUUCGAGCUCCUCUGUCUAGAUGAUCAACAGCUUGUGUGCCUGGUGUGUCGAGACUCAAAAUUACACAAAAACCACAGCUUCAGUCCUACUGGAGAAGCAGCAUCUGAGAUGAAGGAGGAGCUCAAGGUCAAACUGCAGCCUCUACAGGAGAAGCUGAAGACCUUUGAGAAAGCUAAGAUCACCUGUGAUAAAACAGCUCAAUGCAUUAAGGAGCUUCACCAGUUUCUACGAGAUGAAGAGGCGGCCAGGUUAGCUGCACUGAGGGAGGAAGAGGAGCAGAAGAGACAGGUGAUGAAGGAGAAGAUUGAGAAGAUGAGCAGAGAGAUCUCAUCUCUUACAGACACAAUCAGAGCCAUAGAAGAGGAGAUGGGAGCUGAUGACAUCACAUUCCUGCGGAACUACAAGAGCACAGUAGAAAGAGCCCAGUGCACACUGCAGGAUCCAGAGAGGGUUUCAGGAGCUCUGAUCAAUGUGGCAAAACACCUGGGCAACCUGAAGUUCAGAGUCUGGGAGAAGAUGCAGGAGACUGUCCAAUACACUCCUGUGACUCUGGAUCCCAACACUGCAGACCCACGUCUCAUCCUGUCUGAGGAUCUGACCAGUGUGACAUACAGAACUGAGAGGCAGCAGCUUCCUGAUAACCCAGAGAGAUUUGAUAAGUAUGCCAGUGUCCUGGGCUCUGAGGGCUUUAACUCAGGGACACACUGCUGGGAUGUGGAGGUUGGAGAGAUUCCAUUGUGGAAUGUGGGUGUGAUGACAGAGUCUCAUCAGAGGAAGGGAAACUUUACCUCCAUGAGUGGACUGUGGUAUUUGUGUUAUAAUAAUGGUAGAUAUAGAGCACGUUCUACCCCACAGCCCUACACUCUCUUCACAGUGAAGCAGAAACUCCAGAGGAUCAGAGUGCAGCUGGACUGGGACAGAGGAGAGCUGUCAUUUUCUGACCCUGAUAAUAACACACAUCUACACACUCUCACACACACUUUCACUGAGAGAGUGUUUCCAUACUUUGCUAUUGGCUGUAAACUCUCUCCUUUGAGGAUCUUACCAGUGAGAGCUUCAGUGAAAGUACAGCUGCAUAGCAAGAGAUGAUGUCACUUCCUUUUGCCAGGUUAAUAAUGACUUGUUCCUGGUGUUAAAAUGUCCUCAUGCAUUAUGAUUUCUGAAUGACCUGUUCUGUGGCUACUGCCGUAACUCAUUAAAGUGUAUGGGUUGUGCUGAGUGUACAGUUUAAUUCAUCAUGAUUUUCUAAAGAGAAUAAUCCUUCAUAUUUUUUUUCUAAACACAAACGAUGUUGGUGAAUUUUACCAACAACAAACACAA